AUGGUCACAGAUAAGAGUGGAACUCGUAAGUCGGCUCUGAAUAUGACGGAGGAGGAUGCGAAGAAAAAAGCGGCUGCCGAUGAGAUGGAAGAAAUCCGAGCGCAGAUGAAGAGCGGAUCAUCACAAUUUGAAAGCCAUCUCAAGGAUCUCUCAAAGGGUAUCACGGUCACCGCUGACGACAUGAAGAAGCGUACGGAAGAUGAGAAGAAAAAGAUGAUCAUCGACUCCGUCAGCGGAGUGUUCAGCAAGGCGGACGAAGCAAAAGCUCGAUUUAACAAGAGAAGAGAAGCAGAAACGGAAAAGGAACUUGCGAAAAUAGAGGCUGACAAGAAUCUCAAAAAGAAGACGGUGGUGCAGAAACCAAAAGAGGAGCCCGAGAAGGCCAGCAGAACCGAAACGGAACAGUCCGGAAAAUCGUCAAGGAUAAGCCAGCCACGCAGCAAGCAGCUACGAAGCUGUUGCUGCCGCACACCAGCAACUACUGCCCCGCCUGCUCCCGCCUUUGCCACUGAACCGAAGAAGGUGGAGCCGACAGUACCAAAGACAGCUGCUCCUGCCGCCAAGCCACUAAGCAUUGCAAAGCCAACCGUUCCCAAAAACGACGUUGUCAUCAAUGACGACAACUACGAUUUGUUCCAGGCUGCAACAAACGUUGCAACCAGGCGUCGGAAAAGUCUUGCCGAACUACAGGCCCGUAAGGAACAACAAGCAGCUGCUGCAACUGCAGCUCGAACUGGUGAUGAGCAAAAGGAGGCAGCUGUCCCUGCAGCGAAACCCGGACCGAAAGGCGAUGGUGCUGCGGCCACCAAAAUACGAAAUGCUCUCGCUAACGCAACGAAUGUACGUAAGCCAGAAAGUCCGUCGCCAAAACCAGAGGGUGAGAAACAGAUGAAGAGAUAUGCAACUCGACGGAAAACCCAGGAAAUCGUCAACGAAUCUGCUGAGCCAAAGAUCAAGAAACGGAAGCAAAUGUACAAACGGAAUCGAUUUAUUCGAAAUCCACAUGACAUCGACAUGGAGCAAAUGUUCUUUUUGGCAGCCAAGGAUCGUAUCAAUCGGCCGCCACAAAAGAAACAAAAACGUGGUCACGGGUCAAAAAUCUGGAUCAGCGAUCUUACCGACAUUGACAAAAUCUACAAAGCGUCUGAGAUUCGUGACAUUAUCGCUUCGGCCAAUGUAUAA